GUGGCCUCAAUAUAUAAUCAAACUCUCGGCCCAAUCGAUACUGGGCCAUGUAUUGAUCUUGACACACCUGCUCUGUUCCCAGGACUUAAGUUCCCAGCUUUCAACUCGCAUUAGCCAUGAAGACCCACGUGUAUCCCUGGAAGCGCCUCAUGCCUGUUGGCCUGGGUGCUGCCGCCUUGGCUUGUUUUCUAGUAUCGCUAUACGCUGCUACAAAUAAGAGAGUGCUUCGCGAGGGCAUCGCAAUCAUCAAGUUCAAUAAGCCAGAGCUUCCGUUGGUGCCAAAACAUCGAAGAAGUAACACAUUUCGCGAUAUAAAUGUCCCACACCCUGGCCUCCCUAGCCUCGACCCCCAAGACAUCGACAUACCCAUACCGGUGAUGCCCAAUUCCAACGAGAUCCAGAGCAAAGUGCUUAGCGCCAUUGGCAGCGCACAAACGGCCACAAGCAACGUGAUUGAUGAGGUUCAAAACACGGCCGGUAAUAUCAUUGACAAAGCAAAAAACCUGACCAACAUCGCUCUACCACGGAACAUCACCAUUGGCACUCAGAGCUACUGUGUCAACUUAGACCAUGAUACGACUUGUCGAGAUCUUCCCCUGGACUUGUCCUCUCUACUACCCGCGGACACACUCCAUGUCCUCGAGUCCGUUAUGCCAGGCUUUUCAUCAUUAGCCGAGAAGCUAAAUCGGUUUACAGUCCCGAUCUUCUUGUACAUACUCAUUGCCGGGAUCAUGUGCUCAUUCAGUCUCUGGCUGGCUUGUAUU